UAUAAACUACCUCCCCACCCCCUGGUCCCUGCUGUACUUACCUUUGUGGGUGAUGAGCUCCUUUGCUCACUCCCUGGGAGUGCGCGGCACCGCGAUUGCUGUACAGGACCUCUGUGUGAGGUCCCUAUUCAUGUGAUCCCUGAUUGGCCAAUCAGUGAUCACAUGAAUAGUAGUAAACAAGAUGUCACUUCCUGCCAUCAUUGCUUACUACUUGUGAAAUCUGUGAAUGAUCACAGAGGUCACAUGGUACAAGGCUAUUCACAACAGCCUUGUACCAUGUGACAAGCUCUGACCAAUCACAGCUCAC